AACAACCUGUUCACCGCUCCCACAUUCCUGCAGCGAUCAUGACGUCACGAAGCCUUCCUCAAACAUCCCUGACAUUCCGAAUCCGACAUCAAACCCUCAUCAUCCUCCGGACUGAGCUCCAGACUCCCGACGCGUCUCACAGCAGAACCAGCAUGAUGUUGGGAAUCUACCUGCUAAUGACUGUAGUUGCCUGUGUUGUUUCUCAAGAGGCAGAAGAGCCUGUGUCAUAUACGCAGUGCACAGAAGGCUAUGAAUAUGAUCCCAUUAAAGAGGUAUGCAAAGACAUCGACGAGUGUGCCCUUGUCUCUGACGCCUGCAAAGGGGACAUGAAGUGCAUAAACCACUAUGGCGGUUACCUCUGCCUCCCUCAGAAUGCCCAGAUUUUCGUCAAUAAUGGGGACGAAUCAUCGCAGCCCUCUGACCCUGUUCCCCAGAGCCCGCUGAACCCCACUAACCCACAGACCCGCUCAAACCACAGAGGUGGAGACACGCAGUGUUCGCCUGGAUUCACACGGGAUGAGCAGAACUUCUGUCAAGACGUAGACGAAUGCGCUCACGGCACACACACCUGCAGUGCAGAGCAGACCUGCUACAACACCAGAGGCUCCUACACCUGCCAGUGUCAUCCUGGAUACCAGAAACACGGAGAACAGUGUGUGGAUAGAAAUGAGUGUCUGCUGUCACACUACUGCAUGCACAGAUGUGUGAACACUGCUGGCUCUUACUACUGCGAGUGUAAUGAUGGCUACCAGCUCGCCAGCAACAACCACAGCUGUAUAGAUGUGAAUGAGUGUGAUCUGGCUCAGCCGUGCCAGCAUCAGUGUUUCAACCUGCUGGGCUCGUACAUCUGCCAGUGUGAUCAGGGUUAUGAACUCACCUCGAAUUCAGUCUCUUGUGUGGACAUCGAUGAGUGCGCCUUCUCCAGCUACAUGUGCCAGUACGCGUGUAUGAACAGCCCGGGCGGAUAUUCCUGCACCUGCCCAGAUGGAUAUCAGCUGCAGAGAACAAGAAUGUGUCAAGACAUCAACGAGUGUGAAACGGGCCAUGAGUGUAGGGAAGAUGAGAUGUGCUGGAACUAUUAUGGAGGCCAUCGCUGUUACCCUCAGAACCCGUGUCAGGAGCCGUACUUGCUGACAGCAGAAAACCGGUGUUCGUGCCAGUCUGCAGGUGCGUGUCGAGGCCUGCCGCAGUCUAUCGUUUACAAAUACAUGAGCCUUCAUUCAGAGCGCAGCGUACCGGCAGAUAUCUUUCAGAUUCAAGCCACAAACAUCUUCCCCAGUGCUCACUACACCUUCAGGAUUAAAGCUGGCAAUGAUGGAGGAGAGUUCUUCCUUAGGCGCUUCAGCAGCGUCGGUGCGAUGCUGGUCUUGACCAAGUCCCUGGAGGGUCCGCUGGAGCUGAUCGUGGAUCUGGAGAUGAUCACUCAACACACGCUGAUGAACUAUCGCUCCAGCUCUUUACUACGGCUCACCAUCGUCGUGGGACCCUACGCUUUCUAACACUUCUGUUGCUUCACACUUUUAUACAUAUCUGGACCGCUUGCAUUAAAGUCACACGGCAAGAUGUUAUGCACUUUUAUCUCGCAGUCAUCAUAAAAUAAACAGACUCUUAUUCAGGGCUCCAGACUGCCACUAAAAUGGGUGCUAAUGUGCCCAUAAUUUAAAAUAUAACUGGUUAAAAUAAUAUUGGUUUCCUCACAUUAUAUCAUCAUCGUCUGGGGUCGAGUCGUAGAGGGGUCGUGAUCAGGAGAGAUUGAGGCUAAUAUUUAGUUCAAUGCAUCUCCUUGAUCAACCACAGUCAACAGAAUAGAAAACAGAGCUUUGAACAAACCCAUAUAAAAAUAAAUGAAAGAUGAGUGAUUGUUAGUCUCACACACAUACACACACACAGGUUUGUUUUUGUGGGGACAUUCCAUAGGCGUAAUGGUUUUUAUACUGUACAAACCGUAUUUUCUAUCCCCCUACACUACCCCUACCCCUAAACCUAGCCAUCACAGAAAACAUUCUGCAUUUUUAAAUUUUUAAUAAAACAUUGUUUAGUAUGUUUUUAAAGCAAUUUUAAAUAUGAGGACUCAUGAAAUGUCCUCAUAUUUCAUGUUUACGUAGUGAUACCAGUUAAAUACCCAUGUCAUUAUACAAAUUUGUGUCCUCAUAAGUCACAAAAAUGUGCACACACACACACACACACACACACACUCUACAGCACGUUUACCAAAGGCAUCAUCUAAGGCUGUGUCUAUAUUAAACUGGAUACAUUUGAAAAUGGCUUUUUAUUUCAAAACGCUCUUCAUCCACACUAGUGUUUCCCAGAAGUUUCUCAUCCACACUGAAAACACAAAUCAUCUUAUUGCGCAUGCGUGAAUCAAUAAAAGCUGACUGAGAUGAUACUGAGAAACCAGACGUAAGAAAUUUCUUACACUAUUCUUCUGGCACAAUCAUUAACAAAAUGUCUCACCACUCACUUUAACCAUGUACUUUAAUGCGGAGUCUGUCAAGUCUUAGUUUAUCAAUAUUCCCUUUGUUUUUGACAAACUCUGAAAGAUCAAUUUAUUCAUAAUACUUUUUUAAGUCUGGAGCCCUGCUAAUUUAAGAAACAGCACACACAUUUUUACAGUAUCGUGUCUUUAUUAAAUGUUCCUGCACAUGGCUGCACUUAUAAUUCAUUGAUGUGAAGGUUUACGUGACUGAAAGACUCUUUCUUUUGCUUUCAUUUGUCCAACAUUGUUUAUCCAUUGUGUAAUGUAUAAACGCUAGUGUAAAAAAAAAAAAAAAAAAAAAAAAGGUUUGAAAGUUUUAGAUCUUUUGAAUGAUCUGUAGUUUGUCAGUAAACAUUAUGUUCCUCUCACAUAUUAAACGUUUGCUGGUUUAGUUACAUUGUUAACACACAGUAUGAUUUGCACUGAUGACAUGACAAUAUUCUGAUUCUGGCUUCUCAUUUACUCAUAAUUCAUCUGCUCUGCUUUUAAAUAAACACUUUAGCCUGAAAUAAUUCACAGAUGUCCAUAUCCACAUCUCACAGCCUUUAACAAGGAAAAAAAAUACAACAUUAAUCAUCUGUUAAUAAUAGAACUUAUUAUUUUAUUAAAAAGUAUUUUAAAUUGUUGUCCAUAUGACUUUUUGUUCUCUUUAUACCAAAACAGUUAAAAAUAAAGGGAAAUAAAUUUCAUAUGUAUUUCAUGAA